UGAAGGUCAUUUGCAUGCAGCGUACAAAGAUACACAAACCCGAAUAUGUUCAGUAGCCAGGAACAAUUAGACAAAAAGACUGGUGAAUAUGGCAUUGGAAGAUUUAAUUAUUUGCAAUCGCUUGUCACUGAGUUUCAAGACACAGACAGCAAUGAAAGCAAGCAGCAAAUCAUAGCUAAUUUAGCAAAUUUUGCAUAUGAUCCCAUAAACUAUGGACACUUUCAAGUACUGAAUAUUGUGGAUCUUUUCCUUGAUACUUUAGAAGAACCUGAUGAAAAGCUGGUAGAAUAUGCCAUAGGAGGAAUAUGUAACUGCUGUUUAGAUAAGAAGAUCAAACAGCAGAUCAUACAACAUGAAGGAGUGAAGCUUGUCGCUGGGUGUCUGUCUAGUCCUAAUGAAGAAACUGUGUUAUCAACAAUCACAACACUCAUGUACCUUACUACACCUGAAUCAAAGAAAGAGAUUACAGCUUUGCCUAUUGUAGAAUGUAUGCUGAGGUUUUCUGAGGCUAAUAACAAGAGACUAAGUAAUCUGGCCAAGGUUUUUCUCAAGGAUUAUUGCUCAGUUAGUCAGCUGGAUGCAGCGAAACAGAUACAACAGCAGAUGUCAGGUUUAAGUCAGUCAAGUGAGGACACUUGAUGAAACAGCCAAGCAUGUUCAACAUCAGAUGUUAGGUCUUUCUCAGUCUAGCAAGGACAUGUGAAGAAACAGCAGUUCCAUGUCAGUGCAAUGAUGACCCCUGUUAAAAAUUCCAAGCCUGCACAACAUCAGUUAGCAGCUUAAAGUCAAUCUACUGAAGACACCAGAUGAAAAAGCCAAAUAUGACCAACAACAUACAUUAGUUGUCAGGUCAGCGUCAGUCUUGUGAUGAAACGGCCAAACAUAUACAACAUGAGUUGUUGGGUCAGAGUCAGGCUAGUGAGGACAGGUGAUGAAACAGCCAAACAUGUACAACAUCAGUUGUUGGGUCUGAGUCAGGCUAGUGAGGACAGGUGAUGAAACAGCCAAACAUGUUCAACAUCAGUUGUUGGGUCAGAGUCAGGCUAGUGAGGACAGGUGAUGAAACAGCCAAACAUGUACAAAAUCAGUUGUUGGGCCAGGCUAGUGAGGACAGGUGAUGAAACAGCCAAACAUGUACAACAUCAGUUUUUGGGUCAGAGUCAGGCUAGUGAGGACCCAUGAUGAAACAGCCAAACAUGUACAAAAUCAUUUGUUGGGUCAGAGUCAGGCUAGUGAGGACAGGUGAUGAAACAGCCAAACAUGUACAACAUCAGUUAUCAGGUCCCAGUCUAUCUAGUGAGAUCUGAAUCAGUCUAGCAAGGAAAUGUGACGAAACAGCUUAAUAAUAUUUGAUAUACCAACAUCAGCUAGGUGCUCAAAAAGUCUCAAUCUGGUGAACCUUUGUUUUAUAGUAGUGAUUGAGUACAUACUGUUUGUCGUGUUCCUACAUCAGGUCGUGUGAUCAGGUGUAUGAGUAUGUAUUUGUAAGUGUCUCAUUCUUAUUUUAUUGGUCAGUGGUCUUUGUGUGCAUUUGGAACUAAAGUGUUGCAGAUUUAACAAACAGUCAGCACGAUAGACAGGCAUUAUUCAGUCCAGUCCACAGAGAAAAUGAAAGAUUUUGUAUGUACCAAUACAUAUGUAUUUUAAGAUAACCUGAAUAUAAGCGUUAUUAUUCUUAUUGAAAUAUUUUUGAUUAUGGAAACUGUUUUGAUUAAUUUUUAUGAAAUAUCAGUAGAUUAUUAAUUUUUU